GAGUUACUCACUGGAAAUUUAGGGUCGGAAGCGAAAGAUCGUGGGGUUUAAGGAAUAAGGUAGCUUCCGGUAUGUUAAGGUAGGGUCGGGUUAUGGAAAGGGGGAUGAGAGGGGGGGUGAUCUCUAAUUCUUCCUUUUUUUACUUUAUUGGUAAGGUAGGUACUUUUGCAGGCUCUUUUUGUCCCGAGGUAUGGUUUUGCGGGUUGGGGGAAGAUAUCUUUCCAGAGUUGGGGAAUUUCAGCAGAGAUAGAUGAGAAAUACGAAGUAUAAUGUUCAUGUUCAUGUUCAUGUUUCUACAACGUCUGGAUAGCCAGAGAC